AUGGCGUCGGAACAUAUGGUCACCAAGGUUUUGUUGGAAUGGAUCAACAGCUUUUCGUUGGGCAAGACACUCCGAGCCACCGAUGAAUUGACCGAUGGGAUUAUUCUAUGGGAAAUCCUCCAGGACAUUGACCCUCAGUAUUUCCUCGAGGAGAUCCCAGAGCGCAACCCAUCCGACCAUUGGGUGGCCAAGUGGCAGAACUUGAAGCACAUCCACAAGCUUUUACUCAACUACAUUCGGCACCAAAACGAUGACACCUUACCCUCCGGCCUCGAUCCCUCGCCCGAUCUCGAAGCGAUUGCGGAAAAGUCGUCCGGCAAGGAGACGAACAAGCUUCUGAAGCUUCUCCUGAUCGCGGCUAUCAGCUGCCCGAACGCCGGAACAUACGUGCAAACCCUCCAGGAACUAAGCACUUCAACACAAGAGGGACUCAAAGAUAUAAUCGAGGAGGCGCAUAAUGGCCAACAUGAACCGAUGGACGCUGCAGAUGAGCUCCGGGAAGACUUGGCCAAACGCGAUCGUCCCGUGGACCUCGAACUGCAGUUCGAAGAGCGCGUGGGAAAGGUCCUUGCGGAGAACGAUCGCCUGACACACGAGAAAAAGGAGCUGGAGAAGGCACUGGAGGACUUGCACAACCGUCUGGCGCGUCUCCAGGAAAACAACGAUACCCUCCAAAACCGCCUUGCUUCCACCGAGGACCGGCUUGUCACAUUGAAAUCUGGAAAGGGCGAUGUCGGGUUCAAUGCAAAGGCAUUAGAAAGCAAAACUCGUCAGCAGGAUGAUCUCAUUGCGUCCCAAGAAGCGAAAUUGACCGCCGCACAAGACGAGAUUGACAGUCUUCGGAUGACAGUGGAGUCCUUGCGGGUCAAGAACCAACGCUAUCAGAAAUUACAAGAUGACUAUGAUGAGCUCCGGACUGAGAAAGAUCAGCUUGCGCGCAAGGCUAACGCGGCUGAGAAAUACCGCCAGAAGCUGCAAGCCAGCCAAGACUUCGAGAAAGAGAACCAGACUCUCAAGAAUCAGAUCAAAGACAUUCAGCAACAACUGAAGGAUUCAGACUCGCAGCAGCGAUGGUCUUCAGAGCGCGAUGUGGAAUUGGAGGAAUAUCGCAAGCUUCUGCCACGCAUUGAGCAGGAAUGCAACGAGAUCCAGAACCUCAAGAAACAGCUUGAGUUCAACAACCACGCUCUAACAGAACGACUGCAAAGUGCAGACGAACAGCAUGAAAGGGACGAUGCUCUGAUCAGCGAACUACGUGAGCGUCUCGGAGAAAUGGACGGCUUACCAGGCAGUCCGUCUCCUGGCUCUGAGACACCGAAGAUGCAAGGAACAUUACAUAAGGACUUUGAGGCUAUCGGUGUCAAAGAAUCUCAGCUCAAAUCUGAGAAUGAUGACCUGAAGCGGGAAAUGGAUUCCCUCAAGGCACCUUCGACUGCCCCGGAAUCCCACGCAGAAGGUUUCUCUGAGAGCUUUGUUGCGUCUGUACAGCUGGCACGCGCCAAUUCUACACAGAGUGACGAGUACUGGAAACUCUACGAGAAUUACACUGGGGUCCUCAAAAAGAUUGCAGAGGUCCAAGAUACCUUGGAAAUAGCCAAAAAGGAACUUUCAGAUACACAGGCCGAACUUGGCCUUGUCAAUGAAGAGCAAAUCGACAUGCUUCGCGGCCUCGAAGAGCACAACUCAGCUGAAUUGACGAAACUUCGGGGUGAUUGGGAUAGUCUCACCCAUAAUGUCCAUCACUUGGAGGCCGAGGUUGAUGCCAGCCAAACUUUAGUGCGCGAGGUUUGUGCAGAGCGAGAGGAGCUGCGCAAGAUGCUCGACAACAAACAAAGCGAAAUCAGCUCUGAGGACCAAGAAGUGAUGAAAGAGAUGCAGAUGCUCCUGGGCGAGUUUGAGACUCACAACGAAGGCGGGGAAGUAUCCCAGAAAUCGAGCUUCGACCUCUUGAAACAGUGCGCUGGGGUUCUGGAGAAGAAUGUUGAGCGACUUGCUCAACGUGCAGAGUAUAUCCAGCAACAAAACGAACUCGUCAAGUCGCUGCGUGAGCGUAUGAAGAACUACGAAGAGAACCUGGACGAUGGCAUUCCCAAAGAAAGAGAGCUUGAACUCCAGAAGAUUAUUGAUAGCCAAGCCCGAGAACUGAGCCUCGUAGGCUCGGCUUGGUAUCACCUUCAGAGCCGAUGGCAGAACAACAACAUGACAGUAUCACGAUAUCGACAUGGAGCCAGCACAGGAGACUCCAAGGGCUGGCUAGCAAAGCAAAGAAGUGCUGUUGCCGGUCAAUAG